AUGCUUCGGCCGGGGUCGACUUCACCCAAUGCCACGAUCACUGCUGGUGGAACUGCUUCUCACACAUAUUCACCAUCAUGGAACAAACUAAAGAGCGAUGUUCCCAAUGCAGCGGAUGAUGAUUCGAGCUAUGGUGCGAUAACACCGACUAUGGGCCGAACCACGCCCCCUUACCCAAGCAGCCCAGGCAAUAACAGCAUUCAGGGAGGCCUCGGUACCUUGAACCGGUGGUCCCAGUCUACUACCUCCAGUAAAAGUUCCAUCAUUUUCGCCGGUCACCAACGAAACAUGUCCAAUACUUCAACCUUUGAUGCGGCCAUAAUAUCGCCGACAAACAAUGGCCCAGUCUUCCAGGGACAGCAUGGUUUUCAGCACCAAACGACGCACAACCAAGCAGGUGCCUCACUUCUGGGUUCCCUAGAAGUUGACGCCCCCAUAGUUCCCGAUGCUACAAGUGCCGCCAGGCAACACGCCGAUCUUACCCCUACCAACCACGAACUGAAGUCUUCUGACCUUUUCAAAGACCCGUGGUCGCACACGCGAGAUUCCGGAAUUAAAGCUGCCGAUGACCUUGGACCUCUCUUGGUCGAAUCGCAAGAUACCAUCGUGUCAGAGGGUGAAACAUCAAUAUUUGACGAUCUGAAUACAUCUCUUGCCGAUGGGAAAAAGAAUGACAAACGCCGGAAGGGCCAUUCCCAGAAAGCAAUGCUUUCGAAAGCCUUGCAAAAGGCCAAUACUGCUGUUCUUCUCGACAAUGCAGCAAACUUUGAAGGCGCCAUGGAGGCUUAUAACGACGCCUGCCGACUCUUACAACUCGUGAUGCUCCGGAGCAACGGUGGUGAAGAUGAGAAACUAAAACUCCAAGAGAUUCGGGACACUUAUAUGAUAAGGGUGACUGAGUUGGAACGCAUGGAUUUCUCUGGGGGAGCUGAGAGUAAAGCCCUCCCUCAACGCCCGAUUAGCCAAGAGUACUAUGGCGAUGCAUUGCAACCCUCCCUGGACGACUAUCACCCCAAAUCUCUUGGUGAUGAUGCGACUUUUACCCAACCCUCAGCCACUCCCAGUCAGCAAAUACCCGAAGAGCCAAGGGAGUUGGCCCAUAGUCACAUUCCUCCGAAACGUCAGACGCCGCCUCUGUCUACAUAUGAAGAAGGUGAUCAGCGACACACUGACCCUUCGAUGGUGACCAAACAGAGCGAUGCCAACUCCCAAUUCAACGUUCCAUUGGACAAGCCUUGGAAUGGACAACGCACGUCUUCGGAUGCAGUGGACUCCCAUGUGGAACUUGAAACUGGAAAACGCAACAUCUAUGACCCUCGAUAUUCCGAUUUGUCUCUGUUGAGUACUCACUCAAGGGAUCUUCACGAGUCCACCUCAUGGCUAGAUACUAUAGACGAAUCUGGGGCUUCCUCACCGGCUUCCUUGCAUUCUAAAGCCUCUUCUGUUUACCUGCGGCACAGGGGCAGCCGCCGGCUUAGCCGGGGCACAGAAGCUGAGUUUGAUGCAGCCCUUGAUGCAGCUGUUGAGGCUGCCUACGAUGAAGGGUUGGAACCGGCGAUGGAGUUACGAAACGGAGAUGAUGACGAUGUUGUGGCAAAUGCUCGCAGAAAUGUCGAGUUGGCGAAGCAAAAAGUACGGGAAGCCGAGCAGGAAGCAGUUGUAGCAAUGUCGCGUGGUUGGGAGGCGCGACGCGUCGAGCAGAUGGCCCAUGAUCAUUCUAGUGGCAUGAACUCGGAUUAUCAGGAUGACGAGGCCGAGGAAGAAGAACGUUUAUUGGAAGAAAUGACAAAUGGCUAUGUUAUGGAUGAUUUUGAGUUUGAUCUUCACUCGAAGUCCGCUCUUCCCCGACAGUCGGAUUCAAGCAGCUUCUCUGGUAGGACUUGGGAGAGCUCUGUUGCAUCCAACAUCACAACGGGCGGCGCUGCCUUAUCACCACUUGCGGAAGAUGAUGUUGCGUCCUUGGCGGGUGAAAAGCAAGAACCGAACACCCUCACUUCAGACAAAUCUGCUACAGAAGCUUCUGCAAUGACGAACCCCGCGCAAGGACUUACAUCAAGCCCUAGUGUUCGGGCUCGGAGAAUGUCGGGCCAGACCACGACAGAACUGACGAUAGAGACCAAUGCUCGCUCCAAGGAUAUGGUUGCGUCUAGACCCAACCACUCCCCUGAACACUGGGUUUCUAGGCCGCCGCCGCCUCUCCCAAAAGAUGAUCCGACCCAUCCAACCUCUACGAGUAGAGCACUGGGGCUUCCCUCCAGCGGACAAUGGCCGACGCAUUCGAGCAAGCGAAAUGCCUCCAUUGGCUCUCUAAGUGAGAACCUUAAUGGUGGUGGUUCCGGCAGCACUGCGAUACCGGAGGACGAUUCCAGAAUACCCUCACCAGUCGACAAAGUUCCUUCGAUGCCUGACCAUCUAGGAAUACCAAAUCUGGGGCCGAAAUCUUUCCGAGAAAGGAACCCUUCCUUGGCAGGGCCCGACUCGGCUGUGUAUUCGCCAGAAACCCCAUCCAGCCAGGCAUUUCCUACGUUGGACCUUCAGAAAGGUACAGUUGGUGCAUCGGAGCUUAUAUUACCUGCAACCGGUGCCACUGCUCUCCCAAAUGGUUUAUCGAGUGGUGGCAUGUAUCUAUUCGACAGUCAUAUCCAUUCACCGACCAGUCCCGGCACUCCAAAUCCGACGGCCUCCAACGCCCCUCUUCCUUUAGAGCCUUGUCCUGAAUCUUUUCUUCUGCGGCCGUUCUGGCUUAUGAGGUGCAUCUACCAGACGAUUGCUCACCCUCGCGGUGGUUAUCUGUCAACGAAACUAUUUGUCCCACGGGAUGUUUGGCGGGUCAAAAAUGUCAAAAUAAAGGCUGUUGAUGAAAAGGUUUCGAAUUGUGACUUAUUAACUGCAGCCUUACUGAAAUUGGCUAAAGUUGACACCUACGAUGCUGAUGCUGUUUUGGACGAAAUGCAGUCACUGGAGAAUGUUCUUGAGCAGGUGCAGGCCUCGUUGACAAAGAAAAUUGGCAGCGAAGUCGGUGUACAGGGGGCCAUGCCCCUCUUUAGGAACCCGCAAUCUCCAGAUGAUACAAUGCACGUUGAUACGUUGCCCACGAAGACCUCCAGUGUGCCGAGCAAGUCAUACCUGACUUCCUGGCGCAAAUUACGUUCCAAAAACUCGGGAAUAGGCUCUGCGCCGCCAUUGACUGGUUCGAAGGAAACCAAUAAGGACCAUUUGACAAUAAGCUCUCUUCCGAUGACUUCAUUACCAAACUCUCAGCCUGUCAAGCGGGAUACGACCCAGCUUCAACUCAACGGACCCAACACGAACUACAUGGGUGCUUUGGCCCGCCUUUGCGAUGCAGCUCAGGUCCUUGAUCAAAUUGCACAGCAGGUCGAAGACCCUGGUCUCAAACACUCCUCCGAAACGUUGGUAGGUUUGGAAUUAAGCACUCGUCAUGCAGCAGAAUUCUUCGGCUUUUUUGUAUGCCGGUUUGCCUUGAACGAUAUUGGUAUGAUGCUUGAUAAGUUCAUCAAAAGAGGCAGCGAGUGGGUCCUCAUAUAA